AUGGUCGCGAACGACAAGACCGUGAACGGGGCGAACACGAACGAGCUCUCGGAGAACUUGGCGCGGACGACGCUGCGCGAUUCGGAGGCCGCUGCCGCCGCUCCAAAGACGGCCGCACCGUCUGCGUCUGCCUCUCUGCCCAUCCGGAACACGGCAGUCAAGGGUUUGUUCGAGGACGAGCAGGCGGCGUACAAAGGCUGCCGGCUGAGCAAGCGAGCGCAGGAUAACCCUGUGCAAGAGAUUGGAGAAAAGCUGGAUCUGAUCAUCAGGAAUUCCUAUGACAAGGACACGAACCCCGAUGGACUGAUCAACCUCGGCAUUGCGGAGAACACGCUCCUGACGCAGGAGUACCUGGACUACUUCAAGGGUGCUAUCAAGCACCUUCAGCCCUAUGACUUGACGUACGGCACACAGUCCAGCGGCUCUAGGCGGCUGAACGAGGCGAUCGCCAAGAUGUGGAACGAGAACUUCUCCCCGAUCGAGCCAGUGAAGCCCGACGACAUCGUCACUGGACCCGGAGCGAGCAGCGUCUUGGACCAGCUGAUCGCAGCCCUUCUGGAUCCGGGACAGGGCGUCCUCCUAGCCGGACCGCACUACAACGGUUUCGACGUGAACAUGGUCGCGCGGUCUGGGGCCAAGAUCCGGCCCGCGCCCAUUCCACUCGAGGAUGUCUUCACACCGCGCGAGGUGGACAUUCAUCUCGAGAAGGAACUGCAGACGGCCAAGGAGGAGGGAGUGGAGAUCAGAGCCGUCAUGCUCUGUUCGCCGCACAACCCUUACGGAAGGACUUAUGACAAGGAAACGCUGCUCGCUUACGCCUCCUUUUGCGAGCGGCACGACCUGCACCUGAUUUCGGACGAGAUCUAUGCUCUGUCCGUAUUCGACAACCCGAACCUUCCCGACGCCCCACCCUUCAUCAGCAUGCUCUCUCUCGACUUCGAGAAGGAGACAGGCAAGCCCUUCGACAAAUCCCGCCUGCACAUCGUGUACUCGUUCAGCAAGGAUUUCGGCAUCAACGGCUUCCGGCUCGGCGCGGUCAUCUCGCCGCACAACCGCUUCAUGCUGCGGUGCAUGAUGGCGUCCGUGUUCCUCAUGAAGGUGUCUUCGCCGGCCGACUGCCUCGUCUCGGCUCUCUUGAACGACGAUGAGGCCUUCAAGCGUCUUAUUGGAGAGAAUCAGCGCCGGCUCGCUGACUCGGCCGCCUUCAUGCGCCGAUGGUUUGAGGAGAGGGGCAUGAAGCCGAUGCAGAGCAACGCGGGACACUUCAUGAUGGUCGACGUGCGCGAGCGGCUCAACAUCAAGAGCUUCGAGGACGAGAAGGAUAUCGCCAUCAAAUGCGUGCCGUGUGGAGUGCUUGUGGUGAGUACAGCUGCCAAAUGGGUUGAGAGAGGGGACGUGGACUUGGGGGAAGGUGUCGGAACGGACACUGGGGUGAGAAUAGAAGUCGUUCCAGGAAGCGAAGGGGUCGCGGAGUGGUCGGGGCCUCUGUCUCUGAUCGACUGCUCCGAAAGCUGA